CUCCCGCAGCCCGGAACCGCCGCGCUGCAUAACGGCGCAGUCGGGCCGGCUGCCGCUUGUCGCGCAUGCGCAGAGGCAGCGUCGCCCUUUCCGUUCCGCUUGUCACCUCACGGCCGGUGCCGCGGGACCGGCGUUGCCCUCUCCCCUUCCCCCACCGCUUCCCGGCGCCCGGCGGCUGCCUGCCAGGGCUCCGGGUGCCGCCCGGCGGCCGUGUCCCAAUCCUCAUGGAGGAGCCUCUGGCCCUGCACCCUGUGAAGCUCUAUGUGUACGACCUGUCCAAGGGCAUGGCCCGGCGCCUUAGCCCCCUCAUGCUGGGCCUGAUAAUGACAGAAAGCUGGUUUUACCCUGGAGGGAGGACUCAUGAAGAACUAUGGCUUCUUCAAAGGAAACAGCUGGAUGGCAUCUGGCACACCUCCAUAAUAGUCCAUAAGGAUGAGUUCUUCUAUGGCAGUGGAGGCAUCUCCAGCUGUGCACCUGGAGGGACACUUCUUGGCCCCCCGGACACAGUUGUUGACCUGGGGAACACUGAAGUCACAGAAGAAAUUUUUCUGGAAUAUCUUUCCUCUUUGGGGGAAUCUAUGUUCCGAGGAGAGUCUUACAAUCUCUUUGAACAUAACUGCAACACCUUCAGUAAUGAAGUGGCACAGUUCUUGACAGGAAGAAAAAUCCCUUCCUACAUCACUGACCUUCCAUCUGAAGUUCUUGCUACACCCUUUGGACAAGCUUUAAGGCCCCUCCUGGACUCCAUCCAGAUUCAGCCACCUGGAGGAAAUACCUUCAGCAGACAUAAUGGACAGAGCUAACAGGAGUGACCCAGUGUGCCCAGCCUCACCAGGCCUCUUCCUUUUUAAACCUGAAUCUACCAGAUUUCUAUUUUAUAAUUUCCCAUCAUAAUUAACUCUACAGAAAUUAUGAGUUUUAAAAUUUCCUGGGAAGAGGAUUUAUCAGGGUGCAUGUAAGACAAUACUACCAAAAAGAUUGCCAUAAUUUCUAAUAGUAUUAUACUAAUUUAUAAAGGCUGUCUUGUCUGACUAGGCUGAUACUUUCUAAGGAACUCUCAUGCUGGUAAGUGGGAAUUCAUUCCAUGAGCAUUCAAAGGCAAGUUACACAGUUUUGAGUAAAUAAGUGGAUGUCUUAGCCAUCCCUUGCAGGCUUGCAUCUCUUUCUCUCGUCACUGUCUGUAUUAUGGGGGCAUCUGCUGAGAUCAGUAGCAAAAAGACAAAGGAAGUAAGUAUUGGUAAUCUAGGAAGUGAAGGUGUCCCAGGAUUAGUCUUCUAAUGUAUUUCAUUGGCAUCAUGUUAUUUGCUCAGGAGAAAGCUGAACUCAUCUGGUCAGAAUAUAUACAGUGGCACAGCUGUGUGGGGAAGGUGAUCAAGCUGAACUGUCUGUCAGUGUCACACUCAGAAGCUGAAACUUUCAAUGGGACUAGUAGUGUGUGGGAGGGAGGCUGGAGCUGAUGGUUACCAAGAACCUUGUAAUGCUAGAUCCAAGAGUUUUGGGGGAAGAAACAGCUGAAAGAACAAAGUCUUGCACGAAGAAGUGGUGGAAAUAAAUUUGGGUGAAAGUAAAAUGAAGUUAAAUGUUUCCUUUUCUUGCAUGUAGCUAAUCAGCAGAUAGACAGAACUUUGUUAACUAUUUAGCUUUGCAUAAGAACUGUUUCUUGUGGUUUUCUUACCAAGCCAGAGUUACAGUACAGUAAGGCAGGAAUAGUUUCACAACAAUAAUAUAGGGUUCAUCAAUUCUGCCAUCAGUAUCUAGUUGCAGACACGGUAGGAAUUCCAGCUUUCUUUGAGGCUACUGUCCUUUCCAGAGCAGUCAAGCACAUCACAGGGCUCUGCUGAAGUGUAAGAGAAAUAGAGGGUAGGUUUCCCCAAAUGCAAAGAAAAUGAAGAAGAGUAAAAUUAAGCUUUUCUGUGGAACAACUGCGUUUAUUGGGAUACAUGCAGAAGCAGUCCUGUUCUUAGACUGACAUUAGAAUGUAUCAAUACUGCAACUUCUAGUUUAAUAUUCUUACAGCUUUGCAAUUAUUUUCAGUGAAAAAAGAUAAUGGGAAUGAGAGAAUAGACGCACUGAUUUCUUUUCUUGCAUGUAUAUACACUAUUUUGCUGACCAUUUUUGUAGCAGUUAGAUUUAGGAAGGAACACAAGAAAGACAUGGGACAAACCCCAGAACGUUGCUGAUGCCCCAUAAAUGGGGAUUGCACAUCCCCGAUGCUCCUGAAAAAGCAUCUAUGCAAAUGUAUAGCCCUUGGUCCAGUGGUUUGUUGUGAAAAAUGUUGCUGCAAGUUCAGUCCUGCAUCUCAAACUUCUGGCACUGGAAACUUCCUUGCAUACAUAAAGGAGAUUUUUUUUGUCUGUUAGGUUGUUUCUCUGAGUAACAGUUUCUCACACUGUUACUCAGCGUGGACUAUAAUGGUUUAUAUUUUUGAAGGGCAGGAACAGAGGAGAAGUGCAGUAACUCUGUCAAAUGAUCUGUUACCCUGCACCUUGUGGAAUCACUGCACAAGUGGAAGUAGAGCACUGUCAGUCCAUUUUGCAGUUUUGUGCCUACCUGCUCUUGGUGUGCAGCAGUGGCCCUUGUAGCCCAGAUCUUUUUUUUUUUUUCUUUUUUUUUUUCCCCCCCAUGUAAUUCUCUGUUUGUGCCAUCAACUUCUCCUUAAGCAUUUCAUUUGAUGGACUGGACAACUGUAGCAGUUAGCAUAGAUGGGUUUAUACAAAAGCUUUCAACAUUUCCCAAUCAAAAUGUCCCAUUUGCAGAAAGCAUGCUGUAAUAAAUCAUUUAUGAAUGCCGUUUUGGUGCUUCUGAAGGAAGGAUUGGUGUUUCUUUUUCUGCUAAGCCAAAGCUUAGUUUUCCUGUUUAGUACGUAUAUCCUUUCCAGCCUUUUCCCAUACUUCAUUCUGUCAAGAGUAACCAGUAUCUUAUCUUAAUACACACACAUAACUGUGCCACAAAAUGUGUAUGUAGCAUGUUAGAGAUUUUGGAGCUUCCUCAGUUGAACAGGUAUACUUAAGCUGGAUACAGUGGAGCCCACAUAUAGGUAUGCUUGUUUGUCACCUGCAGGCAGCACAGCUGUGAGAGCUUUCCUUUCAGCAAACUUUCCCUUCAGAUACAGCUGCCUGUGGUGGAAGCACUGGUGCCAGAGUUUCUGCCCCAAGCUCUUGCACAAUGGGGAUGUCCCCUGUAUGUCCACUUCAGAGAUCCUGAGCCUUGUUUCUUUUCAGGAGGCAGGAAAGAAGAGGAAGAUGUUCAUUCCAUGCAUUUUGCAAUCUGUCUUUCCCCCCCCAAGCAGACUAUUUGUGGAGAUAAUGCUGCUACUUCAAGGUCAAUGGGUAAAAUUUCACUAGGCCAGAUACUGUUUGCAAUAGCCAAGGUGCUCCUAGAGGGUCUCCUGGGCUCAGGACCUACUCAGCUGCAUGGCAAAAGAAUUGUAGGAGGGAAUCCUGUUUGCUUAAUCUUACUGGGUAAGGAGGCCCCUGUACCUUGUAGGCCCCUUAGAAAACCCAUUUUCUCCAAAGAUGAUUAGGUGCAAAUUGCAGAACUGUGCCCCCCAGCAUUCCACCAAGUCAUACCUGCUCGUAGGAAUAUAAACUAGACAAAGAAGUGUGUGUAAGUGUACAUAGCUGAGAAAUUUCAGCCAACUGAUGGACAAAGGAGCAGGGAAACUGAACUCCUGAAAGGGAGCAGAACCGUUUUGCCCAAACUUCCUAUUCUGUCUUGUAUUGCUGGGUUUCCCCUGUGCCAUUUAAAAAAUGUUAAUAAUGUCUUUAGGCAGAAAGUGAUGGUUUGAUUUAUUGGUGUUUUUUUCAUUUUUUUCUAUUGCAAUAAAAGAAAUGCAGCAA